AUGAGACUGCUCGUCUUACUCGCUCUUGUCCCGCUGACUUCAGCAUUCCUCUGGGAUUUGCUUGGCCAACUUGGCAUGGGAGGAAUGGGUGGCGGUGGCGGAGGUAUGAUGAGUGGUGGAGGAGGCGCUUGUUGUGCACCACCUGCGUAUCCAGCUCCACCUCCACCGCCACCACCACCACCUCCACCACCACCACCACCGCCUCCACCAUGCCCAGGACCUCCACCUCAGCCCCAUUAUCCAAUGCCUCAGCCUCAA